AUGGGCACUUCCGAGGUCCCCUCGGGAAUUCAAGUGCCAUAUGCUGUGCACUUCUCUUUUGGAGCAAAAGCAAUUCUUCUGCAGUUUCCAUCGCCCGCAACAAUGAAGGUGCUUCGCGCUUUCCUGCUGCUGCUCUGUGCGCUCGCGGUUGCGCACCUGGCGGCCGCGGCGGAGUUCAACCCCGCUCUCGCUACUCUCGCCGCAAGCCCCGACGACAGCCUCCUCGCCACGGGCAAAGCGCUCGCAGAUGACGCAAGCGAGGACGCGGAUGUGCUUAUAACGAACCGCGCUCUUGCGGAGGAGGGCGAAGAGUCGCGCCACAAUGGCGCUGUUCGCGUGCUGACGGAGGUCGACCUGCUCUCCCUGCUGGCGGAGGGGGACGCUUAUGCUGACGUGGCGGACUCGCGGAGGAGCCUGAAGAAGAGGGGGAAGAAAUGCAAGAAGGGGAAGAAGGGGAAGAAAUGCCGGAAGGGGAAGAAGGGGAAAAAGAAUGGCGGCGCGGUAGCAGCACCCGGUGGGGCGGGGGCGGCACCUGGUGGGGCGGCACCUGAGGGGGCGGCACCUGAGGGAGCGGCACCUGAGGGAGCGGCACCUGGUGGUGCCGACGCUGGCGGGGGUUCAGGUGCGGCUGCGCGCAGCAUGGCGGAGGUCGACAUGCCCUCCCAGAUUGAGGAGGGAGAUGCUGAUGCUGACGUGGCAGACAUUCGCAGGAGCCUGAAGAAGAAGGGGAAGAAAUGCAAGAAGGGGAAGAAGGGGAAGAAAUGCAGGAAGGGGAAGAAGGGGAAAAAGAAUGGCGGCGCGGUAGCAGCACCCGGUGGGGCGGGGGCGGCACCUGGUGGGGCGGCACCUGAGGGGGCGGCACCUGAGGGAGCGGCACCUGGUGGUGCCGACGCUGGCGGGGGUUCAGGUGCGGCUGCGCGCAGCAUGGCGGAGGUCGACAUGCCCUCCCAGAUUGAGGAGGGAGAUGCUGAUGCUGACGUGGCAGACAUUCGCAGGAGCCUGAAGAAGAAGGGGAAGAAAUGCAAGAAGGGGAAGAAAUGCAAGAAGGGGAAGAAGGGGAAGAAAUGCAAGAAGGGGCAGAAGGGGAAGAAAUGCUGGAAGGGGAAGAAGGGGAAGGAACCCAAGAAGGGCAUGGAUGGGCCUCCUGCCGCUGCUGGCGCUGAUUCAGCCGCACCGAGUGGGGGCGAGGAGGCGGGGUCUGAUGGCGCGGCUGCUCGCAGCAUGGCCGAGGUCGACCUGCCCUCCCCGCUGGCGGAAGGCGAUGAGGAUGCUGAUGGCGAUGCUGACGUGGCGGAUGUGCGUAGGAGCCUGAAGGAGGGAAAGAAGGGAAAGAAAGGGAAGAGGGGGAAGAAGGGCAAUAAGCACGGGAAGCAUGGGAAGCACGGGAAGCAUGGGAAGCAUGGGAAGCAUGGGAACGGAGAGAAGCACGAGAAGGAAGGGAAGCAUGAGGAGGGAGAGAAGCACGAGAAGGGCGAGAAAGCAGAAUGA